UCCUCACAAGUGUCAAAAGUGCAAAAAUAACAUCAGAUUUGCAGUCGAUUUUCAACUUUUCGCCUGAAAAUUCGAUAAAGUUACACAAAUUAUUCGUAUUUCUUAAAAUAAAACAUGACGGAAGUGCUCAGCAACAACACCACCGAUAAGGUGGGAUCGCUCGUGAAGGAAGCGGAAGCGCUCAAGGCCAAACUCGAGGAAGAACGCCAGAAGCUGAACGAUGUCACCUUGUCGUCCGUUGCCGAGCGCUUGGAAAUGAUCACAUAUCUUAACAUUAAGCCACGUCGCGUUCUUAAAGGCCACCAGGCUAAGGUUCUGUGCUCCGACUGGUCUCCGGACAAGAGACACAUUGUGUCCUCGUCCCAGGAUGGCAAGCUCAUCAUUUGGGAUGCGUUCACCAACUACAAGGAACACGCGGUCACGAUGCCGACCACCUGGGUUAUGGGUUGUUCGUACGCUCCGUCGGGUAAUCUGGUUGCCUGCGGGGGCCUCGAUAACAAGGUAACCGUUUAUCCCAUCACGAUGGAAGAGGACAUUUCGUCGCGCAAGAAAACCGUUGGCACCCAUACUUCGUACAUGUCUUGUUGCAUUUUCCCUAACUCCGAUCAGCAAAUUUUGACCGGAAGCGGUGAUUCCACAUGUGCUCUGUGGGACGUUGAGUCGGGACAGCUGCUGCAGAGCUUCCACGGACAUACCGGCGAUGUGAUGUCUAUCGAUUUGGCACCGAACGAAACAGGAAAUACUUUUGUGUCCGGGAGUUGUGAUAAGAUGGCUUUUAUCUGGGAUAUGAGGUCCGGGCAUGUAGUGCAAUCGUUCGAAGGUCAUCUUUCGGAUGUAAAUUCGGUAAAAUUCCACCCCAGUGGUGAUGCCAUUUCAACUGGUUCAGACGAUAGCACCUGUCGUUUGUUCGAUAUGCGCGCCGACAAAGAAGUUGCCGUGUUCAGCAAGGAUAGCAUUAUAUUUGGCGUCAACUCGGUUGAUUUCUCCGUUAGCGGAAGACUCCUGUUUGCUGGUUACAACGAUUACACCGUAAAUGUCUGGGAUACGCUCAAGGCUCAACGAGUUUGUCUGCUGUACGGACACGAGAACAAAGUUUCUUGUCUGCAGGUGUCUCCGGACGGAACAGCUCUCUCCACUGGAAGCUGGGACUUUACACUUAGAAUCUGGGCUUAAGCACUAAAAUCAAUGGCCAGCAAAUAAAACGUUGCAUUUAAAUGUCGUAGUGAAAGCACAAAUAAGAAUAUUCACAGCAAGAUGUACCCAAAACUA